UGUAGAAAGGAUGUUCAGAGUCAGACCAUUAUUAGAUCUGAACAAACCUGAUUAACGGGAAGCCGCCUCGUAAAAGAUGGAGACAUCGGUGUUCAGCUGCUGGGUUCUUUUUCUGUUGUUUUACCCAGCUGUUCCCAUGUGUCUUCCCACAGAGUUCACAUUGUUUGUGGAAAAGCCAGAUUGUGACUAUUGUGUGGCGAUCAACACUACUAUCUGCAUGGGAUUUUGUUUCACAAGGGACAGCAACAUGAGGGAUAUUUUCCGCCCACGUUUUGUUGUCCAAAGAAGCUGCACAUAUGAUAGGGUGGAGUAUCGCACAGUCAUUCUGCCUGGCUGUGCUAUCGACUCCAACCCAGUAUAUACCGUCCCAGUAGCUCUCAGCUGCCACUGUGGUGCCUGCAGGACUGGCAGGGAUGAAUGCACACGCAGAGCCAACAGCUACAAUGCUAACUGUGCUAAACCAGUCAGACGAGUUUAUCCUUAUCUUGGUCAAAGCAACUACAUGAUCCCCUUUUGAUUCCUCUGUUUAUGUAAGAAAAGGUUUUUACUUUAGCUUAUAGUGGAACGUAGGGUGUUUGCACAGUUUUCUGCUGUUUCUAAAUUUGAUCUGAUUGUUGUCUAAUAAAUAUGCUGCACUUUGA